AUGGGUAUUUCUGUUCAAACACGGGGGCAAGCAGGCGGGCAGAAAAAGAACUGGAGCUAUAGAAGGUACAACAGACACAGACAUCAACGCGUCACUUCCCGCGUUGCCGGCCGGUUCGGUGUUUUGUUUGCACUGCACUGCACUGUUACAUGUGCUCUCCUCCACAUGUUGAACAGUCGUGCAGCUAAGCCCAGGGCAGGGCAGGGUAAGGGGGUUAAGGAUGGGGAGGGGGUCGAUCGAAUAGGAGAAUUAAAUAUCAUUCACCCCCCUCCCUCCUUACAGCUAGCCUUCUUCCAGCCAAGGCUUGAGGCUCCGUCGUGUACGUAG